UUUUUUGUAUCCGCCACCGCCACUAGCGAAAAAGCAUCCGCCCAGCUCCCCCGCCCCGCCGCUCGCGCUCCGCGGCCGCGCAAAACCCUCGGGUGAUGGCGACCGCCGCAGCUACGGCGCCUCACCCGACUCCGCCGACGCCGCUCCAGCAGCAACAGCAUCAGCAGGACAAGGACCAGAAGCAGCAGAAGGCGCUGUCCAUGAACGCAAUCCGCCUGAAGGCGAUCGGCGACCGCCUCAAGGCCCACCUGCGCGGCAUGAACGUCCCUCCAAUCGCCGAGUUCGCCCACCUCGUCUACGCGUUCGCCAGAGGGAUUGACUUCGCGGUCUCAGCUGGCGACAUUCCUCAGAUGGCCGGUGACAUACCCGACAUUCUGAGAAAGGUAUAUGACCUGAGGAGAGAAAUGUUUAUACAAUCAUCGCUUAUGGUACUAGUGAUAUCUUGCAAGAAUGCUUGUUCCAAUAAUUGGUUUCAACCUGCAGAUUCUAGAGACAUUUUCAGAAUGGCUAAUGAGCUCUCUGGCAACUUCUGCACAUCCACAGGCCAGGCAGCUAGUGACAGCACUGUGCUUGAAAUUAUAUCACAAAUAAUGCCAAGGUAUUACCCUCGGUUGAAGUUUGAGCGCCUAAUCACUUCUAUUGAAGCAAAGGUUGGCUAUGAUAUACUAAUGGCUGACUUCUUUAUUGAGAGGAACCUAUCUCGAGAUGAAAAGAUUAGACUAAUUGUCGUACAAAAGGAAAAUUUAGAUGCCUCGUCUUGUGUUUCAAGCCCACCACAUGUGAGCUUUUUGGUCAAUGGGAGGGGUGUGGACAGGAGGACUAAUGUUUCAAUGGAACCAGGACCCCAGUUCCCUACUGAUAUCACCAAAAUGCUCAAAUAUGGGGCUAACAUUAUCCAAGCUGUUGGAUAUUUUAAUGCUAAUUAUAUCAUAGCUGUAGCAUUUGUGAACAAUUUGACAUCCUUCAGUGCUCCAAAACUGGAUGACUAUGCACAACCUAUCACUGUUUAUCCUGCAGAUUCUGAUGUACUUGAGGGACCAUCAAGAGUUUCCCUAAAUUGCCCUAUAAGUAUUAGGCGCAUAAAAACUCCUAUCAAAGGGCGCCUUUGCAAGCACUAUCAGUGUUUUGAUUAUGAUAAUUACAUGGAUAUGAACUCGAGAAAGCCAAACUGGCGCUGUCCAUACUGUAACACCUCUUCAAGCUUCACUGACCUACGUAUUGACCAAAAGAUGAUGAAGAUACUAGAAGAGACUGGAGAUGAUGUCACUGAUGUCCUUGUAUUCGCUGAUGGAUCUUGGAAAGCUGCUCCAGCUCAGGAUGAAAAAUCUGAUAGACAUAGAGGUGAUGCCAUUCAGCAGACUGGAGAUUCUACAGAAACUGAUUCGCCUUCUUCAGAUGUCAUAGAUCUGAUAAAUGGCAAUGACGAUGGUGAUAUGCAAAUGGAUUGGGUAUCGGCUCCAGAAGAUACUAAGCCUCUGUUGAAUAGUCAAGAUUUGUCUGUAUCAGACUAUCUUACAGAUCUUCCUAUGGCAGUCCAGACAGGAGAUCUGUAUCGAGGGGAUGGAAAUAAUGGGGGAAGCAACAUGGCUUUCACUUCUCGUCAAAAUUUGUUACUACCACCUACUAGUGGGCUGGGCUCAAGUUCAUUUGGUACCUUGGAAUCUAUUCUACCUCAAAAUGUUCUGCGCCCUGUCAUCACAGAUGCUGUCUCUCCUUCUCUUGAAACCUCUACUUCAACAUCUGGCAUGCAACAUGUUUCACAGGAAACACAUUGUGGAACUGUACAGUUGCAGGCACAAAUAGGUCCCGUACAUGGAUCUGAAUUGAGAAGGCUUCCUAUACCUAGAAAUCCCAGGAGAGAGCCAGUAGGAGUCCAGGCAUUGGCAGUUCCACCACAGAAUCCUGGGUCAUCAACAAGGUUGCAGCCAAAUAUCCUCAAUUGUCCACCUCCUAUCCCGCUAUCUAGUCCAUCUUCUUCCACUUACCAAACACAUCAAGUGACGAAUCCAGACAGUGUCAUUGCUCCAAUGAACAGUGGUAGUGGGCCAUUACCAAGGACUGCUGCAUCAUUGCACCUACAGUCAACAGCACGGGAAAUUCGCAACACAUCAAGCCAUCUACCCAGUCGACUUGUUGGUCUGCCUGCUCCACACCUCAUGGGUGCACGACCACCACCAGGAAUUUCAGGACAGGCUGGAGGAGCGAACGCCUACAGACCUAUACAACAGACUCCGACUCUCGAUCAACUGAGGCACACACGGAUGAACAUGAACCAAACGGCACUGGCUGCUGCAGCCCAAACCACCUCUGCGGCACAUGUUCGACCAACCCAAGCAGACAUCCAAAGCCAUCUCUUUCCCACGCAGCAAAGCCAGGCACCGAGAUCGCAACCAGUGCCACGGGCAGCAAGUCCUUCGCCUCUACAGCGGGCGCCACCACAUCUGCAACCCCCCAGUGUACCACCCACUGUUCCAAGCACACCUCAGGUUGGAUCUCCACAUGGUCUUCCACCAGAGCUCCCUGUGGAUGAGAGCUGGCGCCCCACAGGACAGAUGAGAGGGAGUCUAACAGGCAAUGCUUACAGUUCUGCGAUUCGGCACUAUCGGGGCCGGUCUGAGCAGCAGCAGGGCCAGCCUCGGCCUCCCAGCACUUCUGGCGCGCGAAGGCCUCAGUAGCUGCCAGGCAUUGCAGUGUUGCUAAUUAUCAAGCAGGACUGUGGGUUACCUGAUUCUUUUGGCUCGUGUUUCGGCACUAUGAUGAUCUAUUUUAGUGUAGGUACGGAAGUCUAGUGAAUAGUGAGUAGUUAGUGCUCGGCUUGUCUACCACGCACCUGUUUGUAACCGGUUCUAGCACACACCUGCUUGUAAUCAGCUACAAAGUCGGCAGCGUAGCAUACGACCAGUGCUGUAAAGUGCACUCUGAUGAUGUUAAAUUAGUACUUCCUUCGUCCUAAAUUAUAAGUCAUAUCAAGAAUCUUGUAGAGUCAAAGUUUUUCAAGUUUGACCAAAUUUAUAUAGACUAAGUAUCAUUAGAUUUUUUGUUAGUUAUAUUUUUAUAGUGUACCUAUUUUAUGACAUAAAUCUUUAUAUUUCUCUCUAUUUUUUGUUAAACUUGAAAAUGCUUUGAUUUUUCAAGAUUCUUGGAAUGACUUAUAAUUUGGAACGGAGGGAGUAGUAGUAUAUAUCAGGUAAUCAAUCACUUUUAGACCCAAUUUGGAAUGUUGGAAUUUUUAUUCCAAUGUUUUUCCUGUGAUUGAACUGAUUCAUGUGCUAGUGAAAAUAAACAGUUAACUAGCGCAUCUGAACAAUGUACUGGUGUAUAUGCUUUCGUUCCUAUGCUGGUGUGAUGAAGGAAAUGCUAGCCUGUUCUGAAAA